UCCCUUCUCAUUCUCUCUCAGCCUCCAGGCUCCAUCUGAUUCCUCUCACUUGGCUCCCUGGACCAGCAGCCAUGGCUGAUAUGAAAUCAGGCGUCUUUGCAAAGAAUGUCCAGAAAAGGCUUAGCAGGGCUCAGGAAAAGGUGCUUCAGAAACUUGGAAAAGCAGAUGAAACAAAAGAUGAACAGUUUGAAGAGUAUGUGCAGAAUUUUAAAAAGCAAGAGACAGAAGGUUCGAGGCUACAGAGGGAAAUGCGAGCUUACUUGGCUGCCAUUAAGGGAAUGCAAGAGGCCUCUCUUAAGCUCACAGAAUCGCUUCACGAAGUGUAUGAGCCUGACUGGUAUGGAAGAGAGGAUGUGAAAACGGUGGGAGAGAAAUGUGAUGAACUUUGGGAAGAUUUUCAUCAAAAAUUAGUGGAUGGAGCCUUGUUAACACUUGAUACAUAUCUAGGACAGUUUCCAGACAUAAAGAAUCGAAUAGCCAAAAGAAGCCGGAAAUUGGUUGAUUAUGAUAGUGCAAGACAUCACUUAGAAGCAUUACAGAAUGCCAAGAGAAGAGAUGAAGGGAGAAUUACUAAGGCAGAAGAGGAAUUUCAAAAGGCACAAAAAGUAUUUGAAGAUUUCAAUUUAGACUUACAAGAGGAGCUGCCUUCAUUAUGGUCCAGACGAAUUGGUUUCUAUGUGAACACAUUUAAAAACAUAUCUGGGCUGGAGUCAAAAUUUCAUAAGGAAAUCACAGGGCUGUGUCACAAACUAUUUGAAGUUAUGAACACAUUAGGAGAUCAGCAUGCUGAUAAAGCUUUUACAAUUCAAGGAGCACCAAGUGAUUCUGGACCCCUUCGCAUUGCAAAAACUCCAUCGCCACCUGAAGAAGUUACACAGAUCCCAAGUCCAUUAGCAAGUCCAAACCAUACAUUAGCCCCUGCAUCUCCGGCACCUGCAAGGCCUAAAUCUCCAUCACAGAUUACAGAGUUAUUAGAUUUGCUGAGAAAAGGCCCUCCUGUUCCUCCAUUACCGAAGCUCACGCCAUCAAAAGAACUGCAGCAGGAAAACAUUAUUAGCUUCUUUGAAGAUAAUUUUGUCCCUGAGAUCAAUGUGACAACCCCAUCACAGAAUGAAGCAACAGAAGAAAAGAAAGAAGAAUCGUUAUUAGACCUGGACUUUGAUCCUUUCAAACCAGAGGUUGCAACACCAGGAAUAACACAGUCCCAUUCACCCAUGUCUCAGACAUUGCCAUGGGACCUAUGGACGACAAAUAAUGAACUAGUCCAGCCAGCAUCCAGUGGUGCUUUUAAUGGAUUCACACAGCCUGAUGCUUCCACAUCUGUCUUCGACGUACAGACUGAACCAACUCGUGAAGUGAUGCCUGAUACUUCCACAUCUGUCUUUGACGUACAGACUGAACCAACUCGUGAAGUGAUGCCUGACGUUUCCACAUCUGUCUUCGACGUACAGACUGAACCAACUCAUGAAGUGAUGCCUGAUGUUUCCACAUCUGUCUUCGACGUACAGACUGAACCAACUCAUGAAGUGAUGCCUGAUGCUUCCACAUCUGUAUUUGACGUACAGACUGAACCAACUCGUGAAGUGAUGGUGGAGACUGAUGUAGCUGCCCCCAGUGAAACCAGUGCUGAGGAGAUACAGCCUGCCCCUGAUGUUCCUGAUGAAAGCGCUAAAGUUGAGGAGCAAAAUGAGCUAGCAGAAAAGACAGUGGAAAAUAUUGAACCUGAAGAAACCAAGACAGCUGAAGAAGCUGAGAAAGAGGGCAGCAAGAUAGAACACGAAUGUCAAGAAGUAACUGAUGGACCUGUCCAGAAUAUAGAAGAAGAAACAAAAGAAGUAGAAUUGGAUGGUGCUAAAGAUGCUAAACCUACUCAGGAGAUUACCUGCAUACCGUCAGUUGUAAUAGAACCAGCAUCUAACCAUGAAGAUGAAGGCGAAUAUGAAAACGUGGAAAAUAUCCAUGUAAAAAAUGCUGUAGCAGAUAAAGAAAUUGAUGCCAUCCCUGAUACAUCUGCUGUACAAGCUCAGAGCACGGAUGGAACUGAUCAACCUGCCUCAUCGGGGAGCAGCACAUCCCAAGAUUUUCCAACUGAGUUCUUAUUUAAGGUUGAAUUACUACAUGAUUUUGAAGCAGCAAAUGAGGAUGAACUAAACCUUAAGAGAGGAGACAUUGUUCUAGUAAUACAUUCUGCUACAUCAGCUGAUAUGGAGGCUGGUUGGCUUACUGGCAUUAAAGAAUCAGACUGGCAGCAGUACAGAGUUUGUGACCCAUACAAGGGACUAUUCCCAGAGAACUUUGCUCGAAAACUAGAAUAACUUAUGCAAAGACAUGUGGAUGCUGAUGAACAUUUCAUUUUUGGGCUCCUGAAACAACAGGCACACUCGGGGCUAUAUUGUUAACUGCUAAAGACUGAUGCCUGUCCUAAAGCUUGGCAAAUCAUAUGAAAAACAAAACAAGCAUGAAAGCAAGAAGUAAGCUAUAUUGUACUGAAUUGUAAAUGGAACAGAAUCCAUGUUGUUCACUUGUAUGCAAUCACUGGUUUGUUUGUGCUUUGUCAGAACAGUGAUUUGGUGGACUUAUACUAUAAAGAUCCUUCUUAAAGCAUCUGAUUCAUUUGCUUAAAAUAUAUCAAAGUCAUUUGGAAUUUCAGAUUUAUUUCACAUAUAAAAGUGUGCUUUAGGAAAAUACCCAAGAUUCCAAAGCAUAAACCCCUGAGGAUUUUCUUUAUUGUAAUUAUGCUGCUACUGUCCUACUUACUAUAUUUCAUAUCACUGAGCCAUAUGUCCUACAGACAAAGUGAUAUCAUUCUUGUCCAACAUUAAUUCCUACUGAAAUGUAAGGGGAGACAUACGCCUUCAACUUCUGGUUUACAAGUCUUAAUGAAAUAACAUGAUUUUUUUUCAGCAUUGUUUAUUGAGGUUUAACCGGUUGGCCCAAAAGUGGUUUUGCACAUAAAGUGUUGCAUCGAUGGCAAAUACCUGAUAGGACUUUACUGGUUGCAGGCAAUGUAAAUUUCUCGUGAAGAGUCUUGAUCCUUUAUCCAAUCUUUUCGCUGGGUCCUCACUACACAUAUACCCUGAUUCAUCAAGCUGCAAAAGCAUUUAACACUGGCUAAAAAGCACAAAAGAAAUGCUAAAAUGGCCUCUUAGUGAAUAUAUCAUGUCAUCCUAGCACACCAUAAUAAGUGCUUAUUAUUUGUCAUGGUGAUAUGGUGCUUAGUGACCUAAUUUAGGAAAAAAAACAUUUCAUUGUCACUUAUGACACCUGGUCGCCUAAGGUUUACUUUAUUCCUUUGGUGGAAUGACUGAUCCACAACAUAUAUUCACUAAUAAAACACUUGUCAUGAAUUUUGCAUAUUAGCAGUAAAGCAUUCACUUUACCACAUUACAUACAUAUAUUGUGAGUCAUUGAGUGGGACUAAACCUUUAUUUUUUGCAACAUAAACAAUGUAAUUCCUGUGCACUAAGUCUAUAUUGUACUGAAUUGCUGCACUGCAGAAGAUUUUACUAGUAACUGUAUAGUAAACUGAGCAGACUGAACAAUACCCACAGAAUUUUAUGUCUUAAACUGAGAAACUGCUGCAAAUUUUUCAGUGUUCUUUACAAACCUAUCUAAUGCAGUUAUGUAUCAUGUAUGUUGUCCUUUAUUGUAGAUUCUUGAGUCUCUAGUAUCAUUGAAAAGUGGUUUGCUUCUUUUUCUCUUUUCUUUGGCAUUGUGAUGUUCAACUAGUUUGUUGUUUACAAGCACAACUAGUUUCCUUUGCCAAAGCAUUCAAAAAUACGUCUUCGUAAAUAAUGUGAAAUUUUCAUUAUAGUACUGAAAGUGAAAGCAACAUAAAUACACAACUGGUGGUCCUUUUAGUUAACAAAAUGUUACCAUUAUUUAUCCUGGCAAAGAGAAAAUAUAUUUUACCUGCACAUAUUGAUUUCAAAUAAAUUAUGUAUUCUGUAUGAAAUGCCAUCAUAUCUAUUCUGUUUUUCAAUGUUGUGUCAUUCCUAAUAAACUUUUUGUUGAAUCAUGAA